AUGGCGACAUCUCGGAUACAGUUUGUGAAAUGGUGGCUAAUGACUGAGUUUGGCGGCAAGAAAGAACUGCAGAAAUCUAUUAGAUGGGAUACUAUACAGAAAAAGUCUGAUGUUUGGAGCUCAUUUGAUCAGGUUGCAAAUGCGCGGACUGGCGAGCCCAAGCCGCGUCAAUCAACAAGCACGGAGUUCAGCCAGACAACCCUCCAGAAGAAGAUCCUCAAGUUUAUCACGACUACCCGUCUCCCAUUCCGCACUGUUGAGCACCCAGAGUUCAAAGAGCUUCUGCAAUACACCAGGCUCGCCACAUCAGAGCUCAAUAUCCCGUCCGCCCGCAGUUUGAGACGUCUUUUGGAUAAUGAAGUCCAGGAACAGCAACAGAGCGUGCUCAGUAAGCUUCCACCUGGAAGCUCUCUCUCUAUUGCACUUGAUUGCUGGACCUCUCUGUUUGGCCAGGCAUUUAUGGCAAUCACUGGAUACUUCCUCGACCAGGAUUGGAAUUACUGUGAAGUUCUUCUUGGAUUUGAGCAUAUCCAGGGGUCACAUACUGGGACUCAGCUAAGUGAGACUGUUAUCCGAAUCUUCCAAGAGCAUGGUAUCACCGACCGAGUAUUAUCAAUCACAACUGAUAAUGCAUCAAACAACAACACAAUGGUUCAAGGCGUUCAAGAGAUGGUUCAGUCCCAGGCUCUUCACAAUACCUCUGUUCUCCGAGUACCAUGCAUUGUGCACGUUAUACAACUUUGUCUAAAAGACCUCCUUGGAAAGAUCAAAGCGAACCCAAAGAAUGCAGAGGCCGAGUCAGAGUGGUCAGAUGAACGUACGAAGUCGCUACAGUCCGCUCCGGGUCACGCUUCAGGAAAUAUCGUGGCUACUUUGAAGAAGAUUCGAGAGCUCGCUGUAUUCAUUACCGCCAGUCCUCAGCGCCGAGAGGCUUUCCGGGCGCUUCAAACAACAGAGCCCAAGCUUCUACCGAUUCAAGAUGUUCGUACACGCUGGAAUUAUACUUUCUUAAUGCUCGAACGUGCCAAGAAACUACAGCGAGUCUUCAACCAAUACUGUUCAACCCACCAAUACGUUCAGUUUCAGCUCGGUCAAGAGGAAUGGCGCCAAGUGGAGUAUCUCCUUUUGGUCACAAAGCCUUUCUUUCAUUACACCAAGAUCUUAUCCAAGACCCAAGAUGUUACUGUUCAUUCGGUCUUCAGCAUCUAUAAGGAGCUCUUUAGUCAUCUUGAUGAUGUUACGGAGUUACUAGAACGCAAGACUGUCUCUUGGAAAAAGAGAAUGCUUCAGGCACUACAGGCAGCGAAACAGAAACUCUCAAAGUACUACAGAGCGACCGACAGUGAAUCAUUUGGCACAGUUUACGCAAUUGCAACUAUUCUGUGUCCAUCGAAGAAGCUUCGGUUCUUUGAAGGCGAUGACUGGAAAGGGAAAAACGAGAAGGGAGAAGAUAUUAAUUGGAUGGAAACCUAUCGGGAUAAACUACAGAAGGAAUUUGACCAAUAUCAACAACGCAUUACCCGCCACAAGGAGCCCUCUCAAGCCCAAGUCUCUCAAGAAACGGACGAAGAGGAGCUUGAUCUUAUGAUGGAUUUGCACGCUACUUUACAAAGUGAAAUUGACCGCCCGGAGGAUGAGAUCACACGAUAUCUUGCACAGGAUCUUACCAAAGGAAAGCCAAGGGUGUUCUGGAGGGAGCAUGAGCAUGAAUAUCCAGUGCUUGCAGCGAUGGCACGGGAUAAUCUGGCAACACCUGCUAGUGGCGCUGGUGUUGAGCGGCUUUUCAAUUGUGCUCGUGAUGUCUGUCACUAUCGCCGGGGGCAGCUUAAACCAGAGACAAUCAGGUCUCUAAUGCUUCAUUUGUUCGCAUCGAAGUUCGAGCUUCAACAAACCGAGCUCGAGAUGAUCAAGGAGUAUCUCUCUAGUGGAGAGGCUGCUAUACUCGAUCAGACAUGGAAGCCAACUCCGUCGCUUAACGAUAUCGAGCCAAUCAGUGAAAACGAAGAAGAUGGUAACCAAGCGGAGGAUGGAUCGGAUGAUUCAGAAAAUGAUUUGGGAGGUAAUCAUACAGUUGAGCAGGCGACUCCUACACCGGUUACAACCCAGGGCAAGCAACCACGGCGCAAGCGGCCUCAUAGUGCCGUUGAGCCCCAGGAUGAUGGUGAUAAUGAUCUCCCGCUUCCUGAAAUGCCAGCUGAAGGGUCCACGCAGGGGAGAUCGGGGAGGAUUCGGAAGAAGCCAAAGCAGCCAGAUGGAUUUGAAUUUGAUAACCUGUAA